GUGCCCAGGUGGAGCGUAGAGAAAAAACUUGAUUUGGUGGCAUCAGUUCGCUUCUUGGUCUUUCGCUUCAGAUUGGAUGCUUGGUGGUUUGGAGUUCCAUUGCUGGUGCGUGGGCCUUUGCUCUCCUUGCCAGUGGUCUUGGCCACUGACUAUCCACCAGUGCAGAUCAUCGUCAUUGCCACAAUCCUCACGGCCUUUCUUGUGAUGCAGAUGUUGUUUUGGCCAUGGAAGGUGCCUUUGCUGAACUUGACUGACUGUACAGUCUCCUUCUGCAUCACUUUGCUGGUGACGACCUCCAGUUUGUCCUUGAAGAUCGUGGAAGGGCCUAUGAUGGUCUUUGCCGAGGGCGUUUCGACCAUCAUGUUGACGCUUGGCAGAGCAACCCUGACCCUCUUGUGA